AUGGGAUCAAAUGAAUUGAGACAUUUGCCAGAGGAAGAGGAAGAAGAGGCGGAGAAGACAAUGAAGAAGACACAUCGGCUGAGGAGUACGCAAAACAUACCACUGCCUCCCGGAUGGGAAGUGGCGGUGGACUCGGAGACCGGGAACACCUAUUAUGUGGACCACAACAGCAAAAGGACGCAAUGGUUUGAUCCCAGAGACAGACUCACCAAACCGUCCACUUUUGCCGAUUGUGUGGCCGAAGAGUUGCCCAUCGGAUGGGAGUAUUCAUUUCAUCCACAAAUUGGGAUCUAUUAUACGGAUCACUUGAGGCGAAUCAAUCAAUUAGAAGAUCCGCGGCUGGAAUGGCGAUCAAUUCAGAUGAAUAUGGUUAACAAUUAUCUACAACAGGCCAACGCACUUUUGGGUUUAGCCCCAAGUUUGCCACUCAUGGGAUCAAAUGAAUUGAGACAUUUGCCAGAGGAAGAGGAAGAAGAGGCGGAGAAGACAAUGAAGAAGACACAUCGGCUGAGGAGUACGCAAAACAUACCACUGCCUCCCGGAUGGGAAGUGGCGGUGGACUCGGAGACCGGGAACACCUAUUAUGUGGACCACAACAGCAAAAGGACGCAAUGGUUUGAUCCCAGAGACAGACUCACCAAACCGUCCACUUUUGCCGAUUGUGUGGCCGAAGAGUUGCCCAUCGGAUGGGAGUAUUCAUUUCAUCCACAAAUUGGGAUCUAUUAUACGGAUCACUUGAGGCGAAUCAAUCAAUUAGAAGAUCCGCGGCUGGAAUGGCGAUCAAUUCAGAUGAAUAUGGUUAACAAUUAUCUACAACAGGCCAACGGUGAUAUCGGCUCCCAAACAGAGAUUAGGGAUCGCCGGAGCAAAGGCUCGUCCAUAACCAUCAAUAGAGCACUUCUGGAGCAGUCAUUAGCCGACGCCAAGCAAAGAGUGGCGCAAUUGAAACGUGAAUUAGACGCCAAUUAUAACUUAUUGACAAUUAUUGAUAAAUAUUAUAAAAAGGGAGAGAAUAGCGAAGCAAAUGCUGUUGAAGUUUAAUAGUA